GCGCGGGCCGGGCGGAAGCCGGAAGCGCCGGGGCGGAGCGCGGCGGGGCUGCGCGGCCAUGGCGGAGAAGUUCGACCACCUGGAGGAGCACCUGGAGAAGUUCGUGGAGAACAUCCGGCAGCUCGGCAUCAUCGUCAGCGACUUCCAGCCCAGCAGCCAGGCGGGGCUCAACCAGAAGCUGAAUUUCAUCGUCACCGGCCUGCAGGACAUUGACAAAUGCAGGCAGCAGCUGAACGACAUCACCGUGCCUUUAGAAGUGUUUGAGUACAUCGACCAGGGCCGGAAUCCCCAGCUCUACACCAAAGAGUGCCUGGAGCGGGCACUGGCCAAGAACGAGCAGGUCAAGGGCAAGAUCGACACCAUGAAGAAGUUCAAGAGCCUGCUGAUCCAGGAGCUCUCGAAGGUGUUUCCCGAGGACAUGGCCAAGUACCGCAGCGUCCGCGGGGAGGACCACCCCCCCUCGUAGCCGCGCCCCCGCCCGCCCGAGGUCUCUGUCCUGCAGGAGUGGCCGUGACUGCCCUCGUGCCUCCCGUGGUCUCUGUCCUGCAGGAGUGGCCGUGACUGCCCUCGUGCCCCCCAAGGUCUCUGUCCUGCAGGAGUGGCCGUGACUGCCCGCGUGCCCCCCGUGCCACUGGGGCCAGGCUUGUCCCAGCCCGCCCAGCCCGCCCCGCAUGCUCCGGCAGAGGGGCCCCUCGGGACCGCCCCCUGCCGGGACCGGGAGUGGAGUGAGGAAUGCUGGGCCGCGUGUCCGUGUCCGUGUCCGUGUCCCGUGUCCGUGGGGGCUCCAGGGUGCAUUCAGUGCAGCUGUUUACGUGAGUCUCGUGUUUCGGUAAUAAAGCCUUUGAGUCACCCGCGC